AUGGCGGGCUCCGCGCAGUACGACGAGUUCACCUGUUGCCAUUACCUUGAAAGGGUGGAGCGGGAGGAGGUAAUGUGGCUCUGGCGCCUCAUCGCGCUCUUCUUUGGGGAGUUGAUCCUUGAGGAUGGGGGAAGGAACCCGGAGGUGUGUGGCUAUCACCCACGCCAUGGGACGAGGGUCCUUCACGGGGUUUUUGUCCAGCGCAUCGAUAACGCCCUAUACACAAUCGCCGUGGUCACUCGCGACGCAGGGGGGGCCACCGAGGUGAGGCAGCUCCUGCGCGACAUCUCGCGACGCCUCAGGAAGAGGUUUGUGCUUCUUUUUCAUCCCUUUCCUAUCUGCGCCUCGCUCCGACGUGUCGCGCUGCGGCUUUGGUGGAUGACAAGCCAGGACCGGAUUGUCCCUGGGGCCAUUCUCCCAACCCUACACAUCCGCCUCGACGACCAUAGAGAGAGCUUUGGGGAGUCGUUAGAGAUGUGUACACAGCACUGCAAGGUCAUGGAUGCCAUUCGAGGCUAUCACGCCGUGCGACUUUUUCUCGCCCGUCCGGCUUUGUCUACGCUAGGCGGUACCUGCUGCAAGGAGAUCCGACACCGCCGAGCGCACUUUUUCACAACUCAGUACUCAUAUGAUUCACUGGGGGACCGGAGUGGCCCUUUAACAACCAACAACUCUUCCCAGACACUGAGCCUGAUGCCACAGGUUUCCCGAAUGAAUUACCCUGAACUGCAUACAAAGGAUAACUUUAGCUAUUCGGAUUCCACGAUUAUGGAUGUCCUCACAUCCGUCAACUCCCAAGGUGAUCAGUUGUCGAUGUCGCGGCCGCAGGAGGCGCCGAUGUCAGAUCUAAUGUGUUCGUCAUCUGUCACCGUGGGGGCAGACGAUAACAUUUUGAUUGUUCCCAAAACUCUGAUUAGCUCCUCAGACUACUCUUGCCCCUUUGAUGGAUUCAUAACGAACAUCAACGAAAUAACUCCGUCCUACGUUCCCCGGUCGAGUUUACAGUAUCCUAAUGAGAUUGAUAUCAACAACCAGGCUUCCACCACCAUAACUUCUUGUUCCACCACUCAGAGUCAGAACGCCUUACUUCCAGACUUUUCAUACCCUGAUUUUACAUUUAGUAUAGAUAGACAGGCUAAAUAUCCAGAAGUUUAUGCAUAUGCGAAUUUUCUAUUUGACGACUUAAGAGUGGACACCAUAGGUGAACAUCUUAUUGGUGUCGAAGUUGACGUUGAAAACUCCUAUAAGCCUUUUAUACCUGCUUUAUAUGGGCAUGUAGGUCCAUUUUUGGUUGUCAGUGAACCAAAUGGAUAG